GGAGGCUCCGAGGUCGCAGGGUGGAAGUCAUUGUUUAUAACGUGCGCGGAAACAUUGCCAGCGUAGGCCGAGGUUUCCGACUGCCCACAAAGAAGCGCGGCCCGCGAGGCAGCAAGGCCCGGGCCUCCGGGCUCUGGAACUCCAGCCACGGGGGCGGAAGCGCCGGGAAGCGCCGGCGCCCAGAGGCUGCCUGGGAAUAGAAGGUGCGAGGGAGGGAGCGGGACAGCUCACUUAUCGCGGUGUUUCCGCCCUCUUCCGGGGAGCUCUCACGAGAGAAGCCAGGGGAAGAUGGCCGUGCCCUGUUCUUCGGUGUGAGGCAGCGGCGGCGACUGCGGCGGCGGGGACUGGGAUUCCAGGGUCCAGGCCGGCUGAGCUCUAGCUCCCCCAAGCGAGCGCGGGUCCCGCGGUGCCUAGGCGGGAGCCGGCGCUGCUUUCUCCGGGAGAUGCGUUUGUCCCGGGCUCGGGCGCGCUCUGGGAGUUCAUGCUGCGCUGGAGGCUCCCGGCCGCCGCUCUAAUCGCCUCGUGCCGCCGCUGCGCCAGCUCCGUCGCCCGCGGUGAGCCUCCCGGAUCCCCGCCCUGCGCCUGGCGGCGGCGAUGACCGGGGAGAAGAUCCGCUCACUGCGGAGGGACCACAAGCCCAGCAAAGAAGAGGGGGACCUGCUGGAGCCCGGGGAUGAGGAAGCGGCGGCUGCCCUCGGCGGCACCUUCACCGGAGGCAGGCUUGGCACGGGCGGCGGCGGCGGCGGCGGCAAGGGCGGCAAAGGCUGUCAUAAGAUUUUCAGUAACCAUCACCACCGGCUGCAGCUGAAGGCAGCCCCGGCCUCCUGCAAUCCCCCCGGCGCCCCGACUCUGCCGUCGCACAAUUCCUCCGUGACUACCACCUCCCAGUCCCCGGCCCUUGUGGCCGGCACCAACCCGGUCGCUGUCGUCGCUGACGGAGGCGCUUGCCCCGCGCACUACCCGGUGCACGAGUGCGUCUUCAAGGGGGACGUGAGGAGACUGUCCUCGCUCAUCCGCACACACAAUAUCGGGCAGAAAGAUAAUCACGGAAAUACUCCUUUACAUCUUGCUGUGAUGUUAGGAAACAAAGAAUGUGCCCAUUUACUUUUGGCUCACAAUGCUCCAGUAAAGGUGAAAAAUGCUCAGGGAUGGAGCCCUCUGGCGGAAGCCAUCAGCUAUGGAGAUAGACAGAUGAUUACAGCUCUACUAAGGAAACUUAAGCAGCAGUCCAGGGAAAGUGUUGAAGAAAAACGACCUCGAUUAUUAAAAGCCCUGAAAGAGCUAGGUGACUUUUAUCUAGAACUUCACUGGGAUUUUCAAAGCUGGGUGCCUUUACUUUCCCGAAUACUGCCUUCUGAUGCAUGUAAAAUAUACAAACAAGGUAUCAAUAUCAGGCUUGACACAACUCUCAUAGACUUUACUGACAUGAAGUGCCAACGAGGGGAUUUAAGCUUCAUUUUCAAUGGGGAUGCAGCACCCUCUGAAUCUUUUGUAGUAUUAGACAAUGAACAAAAAGUUUAUCAGAGAAUACACCAUGAGGAAUCAGAAAUGGAAACAGAAGAAGAGGUUGACAUUUUAAUGAGCAGCGAUAUUUACUCUGCAACUUUAUCAACCAAAUCAAUUUCUUUCACGCGUGCCCAAACUGGAUGGCUUUUUCGGGAAGAUAAAACAGAAAGAGUGGGAAAAUUUUUGGCAGACUUUUACCUGGUGAAUGGACUUGUUUUAGAAUCAAGGAAAAGAAGAGAACAUCUCAGUGAAGAGGAUAUUCUUCGAAAUAAGGCCAUCAUGGAGAGUUUGAGUAAAGGUGGAAACAUAAUGGAACAGAAUUUUGAGCCGGUUCGAAGACAAUCCCUUACCCCUCCUCCUCAGAACACUAUUACGUGGGAAGAAUAUAUAUCUGCUGAAAAUGGAAAAGCUCCUCAUCUGGGUAGAGAACUGGUGUGCAAAGAGAGUAAGAAAACCUUUAAAGCCACGAUAGCAAUGAGCCAGGAAUUUCCCUUAGGGAUUGAGUUAUUAUUGAAUGUUUUAGAAGUAAUAGCUCCCUUCAAGCACUUUAACAAGCUUAGAGAGUUUGUUCAGAUGAAGCUGCCUCCAGGCUUUCCUGUAAAAUUAGAUAUACCUGUGUUUCCCACGAUCACAGCCACUGUGACUUUUCAGGAGUUUCGAUAUGAUGAAUUUGAUGGCUCCAUCUUCACUAUACCUGAUGACUACAAGGAAGACCCCAGCCGUUUUCCUGAUCUUUGACUGACUGGAAGAUGAUGCCACCUAACCCAGGAAGGAGAAUGCAGGGACCCCAGAAGUGAAUCCAAAUAGAAGGGACAAGUGCUUUCCAUGAAGAAAAGGGAAUUACACAUUGAAUUGACACAUCAGUAACAUGAUAAUGAAAUGGGCAUCUAAUAAGAAUUUCAGCAAGUUUUCUGAUGUGCCACUUUCAGUCUUUUUAAAAAUAUACUUACUAUAAGUGUAAUAGUUUGACACCUUAAUGACCCUAAGACCUUCAUAUGUAAAGCAGCUAUGAGUGCUGUGAUUUGUUUUUAAAAAUUUUUACACUUCUUUCUUGUUGAAAUAUAUAUGCAUAUAAAUAUAUCUAUAUCUAUAUCUAUAUCUAAAACACUCCUGGACCAUUAACAUAAAUUAAAUGUCUUAAGAGAUAUGAAGCCCUUUUAAAGUUGUCAUCUUAUAUUCAAGGUGACAUUUAUAUAUAUAGUCCUUCAAACUUUGUUUUCAUAAAAUGUAAACUAUGUAACAUUAUGUAUAGUUCAGUAAUUUGAAUGUUUGUUCAGUAUAAUGAACUAGAAGGAAUGCAAUUUUCUGUAGACGAAUGAACCAAAUGGUAACCAUUAAACAAUUGCAUUUAUAUGUUGCAAUACAUUUCAGAAGGAGCGUUCACUCUGCAGGGAAUAAGGUACCUCCUUUAGCACCUUAGUGCAAUUCAUUGUGGUGCUAUUUGUUUUUACCUGAAUUCUUUCUUCAAUGGAAAACGUUUGUUACUAAUCUUCCUUUCAUAGAACCUCUAUUUUUUUCCUAAACUUGAGUUUCAGAGUCCUUGUUUUGUUCAUGAUAAGGUACGGUUAGCAUGCUUAAACAUAGUCCUCUUCCAAAUCUCAGCACUUUAAAACAAAAUCCAAAUUUUUAAACUUGCUUCCUAGUAAGUGCACAUCAGUCUGAUUAUUUUGUUUGUUUUUAGUGGAAUAUGGAUGCACUGAUGUCAGUUUUAAAAAACAGUCUACAUGUUUUAGACAACCCUACACAACAUAUUUAAAGCUUUCAAAAUAUGAUAGUAACAUUUUAUAUGCUAACAGACUAUAUUUGUUACAAGUAAAAGUCCAAAAGCAUAUACAAGAAUGGUGAUUCCUAUUGUUUAUUUUUUUUUAAAUCACAGGAAAAUAUUUAUGGAUUUUAAUUGUCUCCAAAAUGUCAAAAUCAUGUAUUACUCACUUUUGCAACUUAAAAUUUUUCAUAUUUAUUCCAAGAUGGUUGGACGGUCCAAGAAUGAAAAUAAAUUAGGGAGAAUAAUGUGUAACAGUCAUAAAGUGUCAUGUUGUAUUAAAGAGCUAAGCUAAAUGUUUUUAAAAUGUAUCUUGAUGAAUGUGUCAAGAAUGCAUCUGUCAAGUUUUUUUUUUUUUAGAAUGAUCAGCAGUUUCAACUUUUUCCAGGGUUUUAGAUAAUUUCAAAUGAAUUUAGAGACCUUUAUUGAAGAGAUGAUUUAUUAAAAAAAUCCAAACAAUCAACCAUAAGAAAAUUUUUAUAAUAAACAUCUUUAAAGCUGCAUCACCCAUACUGAUACAUACAUUGCAUUUGUUGACAUUUGAUUAAAUAUAUUUUGUAAGGAAGAAAAAAGUCAUAGUUAAAAAUUCAAAGACUUCAUUAUUACCAUAUGUGGGCCUGUUGAAUUUUGAGGAAAGAAUUGGUAAACUCAGACUUGCCUUUCUGAAUAGAAGUAGAUCCCUAUUAUUUACAAAAUGGUUAGAUCAAGAGAGAGAAUUUGAAUCAUUGUGUCGAUCAGUGAUUUUAGGAAGUUUGAGAAUCUGAAAGACAGUGAUGACAAAUGUCUUUAGCUCCCAUUAUUUUGUUGGAAUGUGGUAUACUUUCAGGACUAUGUUGCAGAUUUUUUUCAUAAGUGCAGACAACUUAGGGAGGAAAAGUAGUAAGUUGUAGCUUGGGAUUUAUCAAUUUCCUAAAAGCUGUGACUAUUUUACUGGAGUACAGUGGUGAUAGGAAGACUUCUGAAAACUUUGCACUUAAGUUUUGUUUUUAAGACGUGUCUUUUUCUUUAAAGAGUAGUUGAAACAGAUUAUCCAUUUCAAAAUGUCUUUAAUCACAAAGAACAAACAAGUGUCAGUAUCUUGUAAGAAUAAUGAUGGAGGGGUUGGUGCUGUGGAGUAGUGGGUAAAGCCGCCGCCUGCAGUGCCAGCAUCCCAUAUGGGCACCAGUCCAAGUCCUGGCUGCUCCACUUCUGAUCCAGCUCUCUGCUGUGGCCUGGGAAAGCAGUGUGGUGCUGUGGUGCAGUGGGUAAAGCUGCCGCCUGCAGUGCCAGCAUCCCAUAUGGGCACCAGUCCAAGUCCUGGCUGCUCCACUUCCUAUCCAGCUCUCUGCUAUGGCCUGGGAAAGCAGUAGAAGAUGGCUCAAGUUCUUGGGUGCCUGCACCCAUGUGGGAGACCCAGAAGAUGCUCCUGGCUCCUGGCUUCGUAUUGGUGCAGCUCAAGCCAUUGUGGCCAACUGGGGAGUGAACCAGCGGAUGGAAGACCUCUUUCUCUCUGCCUCUCCUUUUCUCUCUGUGUAUCGCUUUCAAAUAAAUAAAUAAAUUUUUUUUAAAAAUGGUGGAAAAAGUCAAUGCAAAUAAACUUUUCACAAUAUCAGAUUUUUCAAAAUUACCUUUUAAUCCAAUUAAUGAAGCUACAUACAGUUAUAAGUGAAUAGAUCACAAUAUGAUAUAUUUCAUAUCAAGAUUUGUGAUAUACGUACAUAAAAUUUUAUAGGCCUUGCAUUUGUGAUUUUAGAACGUUUUCAAAUUGGGGGAGGGUGAUGACAGUAAUUUUUCUUAAAAAAAAAAAAGGUUUUACUUAUGUUGAUUUGAAAGGCAGAAUGAGAGAGAGAGGAGAGUGGAGAAAGAGCGAGGUCGCGCUCUUUCCAUCCACUGGUUCAUACCUCAAAUGCCUGCAACAGCCAAGACUGAGCCAGGCUGAAGCCAGAAGACGAAUUCUGUCUCCUAUAUGGGUGGCAGGAACUUUAGUACUUGCUAUCACUCUGCCUCCCAGGGUGUGUUAUUAGCUGGAAGCUGGAUUGGUUGAGAAGGUGGGACUUGAUCCUAGGCACUCCAGUAUGGGAUGCAGCAUUUCCAUUGUUUAACCACUGCACCAAAUGCCUGCCCCAAGUUAGCCAGCCAUCUUAAAUGGCCGUUUAGAAAUUUUCACUAUUCCUGCCACUAUUGUAUUUCAAGAAAGUAUGACUCUUGUCUAAGAAAUUUCUCUGACGAGACAAUUUGUUCUCCAUAGACAUUCAAAUACAGAGUUGUCAAGUUUUAUAAAAAGGCAAGAUUAAGCAGAUGCACUGAUUAUUCUGAGUGUAAGUAUGUAAGAUGGAUUGAAAAUUGAUACAGUCCAUUGCUGAUAAAAGCUGAAAAUCUAGUUUCUUUCUCCUAGUGAGAACUGGUAUUAAGCCCCACUUGUGCUAAUAAAAAUGGGUUUCUAGUGUUAUUCACAUAGAGUUUAUUCACAUCUUGUGGUAGAGUGGUGAAUAAUGACUGUUCCGUGAGGCCUUUCCCCACGCUUCACCAAGUAUACAGCCAACAAAGGUCCUAUUAGGAAAAGAUGGAGUAGAAAACUUAGGUGAAUUUUAAGUCCCGCAUUUGGUAUGCUAAAUUUUAAAACUGAGUGAAAAAAUUAAUCAGCUUAGUAUGGGAUACAAUAUAUUGUUAACUGCUGUUAACUCCAGCAAAAGGCUUCUUAGUCACAUUUUCUAAGAUUAACGAAACAUACGUGUGCCAAAGUUGCUAUAUUUUGAAAUUCUGGAAGCUUUCCAACAACUGGCAGUGAAACUUACCCUAGAGAUAAAGGAAUGGGAGAUAAUAAAUCACCUGUAAGGACUACAAAACAAUAUUUUGGUGAAAGCCCUUGGUUUGUGCAAUAUAAAUUAAAACCCAUUUUUGUAUGUAUGUCAGAAGUUUGGGACAAUAAUAUCUUUGCCAUCUAAAAAUCUGAUACCAUGUCAAGUAUUAUCCAUUUUUUAAGUUGAUGCCACUGUAUUUUCAAUGACUGCUUUGUGGUGAACUUUGUAACUGUUAUAGCUCAUUUUAGAACAGUAGUACUUUUAAUAGUUUUAGUUAUAAUGGCACAUGUGGUAUAAAGAAUUAAAAUUUCACUUUGCCAUAAACACACUUAAAAAUUUUGAAGCAAAAUUUCCUAAGUAUAUCCCAGAAAGUUACUAAUCAUUCCUCAUUGUGAUCAUGUUUGGCAAGUGAAAAGAACUUUAAUUAGUUUAGUUAUACCAUAUGACAUCACAAAACAAAAAUAUAAAACCCACCACUUAUUUAGCUGUACUUCCCAUAAAUAGAGUUUUUCGUCACUAAAGAGGGCUGACAGUACUGGCUGGGAUGUUUCUGGAACAUAGAAAAGCGAAUUUCGUAGUGCAUACACAUUGAGGUACAUCUGCUGCUCCUUUGGCAUUAUGCAAUAUCUGGGCCACCUCCUUGGAUUCUCCUUCAGCUUCUCAGACUUCUGGGCCAGAUGUAUGUUUAGGUCCAUGAUGAAGAGUCCUUGCUUUUGCAGAAUGCUCACACCACCAAGGCCAGAAGCAAUAAUACCUGACUAGACUUUGAGUCCAUCUUGUGGCUUCUCACGUGCACUUAUGGUUGGUUCUAAUGUAUUCAUAUUGCCCCAACCACAAUCAUCCAUCUUUCUGUCCCAAUUGCUUGUGAGACAUCAAACUUCAGCAUUUGGCAGAAAGACAAAAGCCUUAAAAAGACUACUUAAUCAGCUUGGAUCCUGACCAAUAUAUAUUAAUUUUGCAUAAAGACAUUCUUAAUCUGAUGCAUGUCUCCCAAAGCUUGACAUUUUAACCUUGUCAACUUAGUGAAUGAAAAAGUCACUCUUAAUAUUUAAUAUGUUAUAUUCAGUGUAUGAAACUAACAUUCAGGAAGCUAAACCAAUUCAUAUGUAGUAUAGGAAAAAGAUUCUUUAAAAAUACAUCUUGGGAUAACUGGUAAUUUUUGUUUAAGAUUUAUUUGAAAGGGAGAAUUACAGAGAAAGGGAAGGACUAAAGGAGGGAGCGAGAGAGAGAGAGAGAGCGAAAGAGAAUGAGAGAGAUCCAUUUGCUGGUUCACUCCCCAAAUGGCCACAAGGCCAGGACUGGGCCAGACCAAAACCAGGAGCCAGGAGCUUCAUGCAUCGAGUCUCCCAUGUAGGUGCAGGGGCCCAAGGACUUGGGCUGUCUUCGGCUGCUUUCCCAGGUGCAUUAACAGAAAGUUGGAUCGGAAGUGGAUUCUUGAUAUGGGAACCCGGCUUUACCUGCUAUACCACUGCGCCAACCUGCCCCCCGAAUGGUAAUCUAUAUCAUUUGAAACAUUCCAUUUAUGACCUUUGUCCUUCAAUCUCUCAAGCUCUAAAACAUUUUAGCUACUUUUUUCUUUUAACGGAAAAUAUUUUAAAUUUUUUUUACUUAUUUUCAUUUUCUUUGAAAUGCAGGGAAUAAUUGAUCCUCCAUCUGCGUGUACACUCCCCAAAUGUCCACAACAGCACUAAGCCAGGCCAAAGCCAGGAGCAGAUACUUCAUCUGAGUCUCUCACAUGGUAUCAGGGAACCAAGUACUUGAGCUAUCUGCGGCUGCUUUCCCAGGGUGCAUAUUAGCAGGAAGCUGGACUGGAAACAGAGCCAGACUUGAAUCAAAUAGGCAGGCACUCUGAUACAAGGAUGCAGGGGUCCCAAGCUGUGGGUAGCUCAACCACUGUACCAAACACCCUUCCUGACUAGCUUUCUUAAAAAACAAAACAAACAAACAAAAAAAAACAGCUAAAGCCACCGCCUGCAGUGCCGCCAGCAUCCCGUAUGGGCAACAGUUCAAGACCUGGCUGCUCCACUUCCAAUCCAGCUCUCUGCUAUGGUCUGGGAUAGCAGAAGAUGGCCCAAGUCUUUGGGCCUUGCACUCGCAUGGAGACCUGGAAGAAGCUUCUGGCUCCGGAUAGGCACAGCUCCAGCUGUUGAGGCCAAUUGGGGUGCGAACCAGCAGAUGGAAGACCGACUUCUCUCUGCCUCUCCUCUGUGUAACUCUUUGAAAUAAAUAAAAUUUUUUUUUGACAGAGUGGACAGUGAAAGAGAUAAAGGUCUUUUUCGAUUGGUUCACCCCGCAAUGGCCGCUGCGGCCGGUGCACCGCGCUGAUCCGAAGCCAGGAGCCAGGUGCUUCUCCUGGUCUCCCAUGGGGUGCAGGGCCCCUCCACUGCACUCCCGGGCCAUGCCGGAGAGCUGGACUGGAAGAGGAGCAACCGGGACAGAAUCUGGCACCCUGACCGGGACUAGAACCCGGUGUGCAGGCACGGCAGGCAGAGGAUUAGCCUAUUGAGCCAAGGCGCCGGCAAAAUAAUCUUAAAAAAGUCUAACUGAAUUUGAUAUACUUGGACAUAAAAGUGAACAAAAAUAAAGCCAAGUAGAAUAGAUCCAAAUAUCUGUAAAUCCCAAAGUCUUAUUUAGAAAAGUUUAAUUACCACUUUUGCUAAUAAAGUCUUAGUAGCAAGAGACUAUGGAUACUUUUAGUACAAAGUACUGGUAGCAAUUACAUCUAUUUUGUCCCAUUGUCCUACAUACAGGCUGUUUGUAAAAACUUAAAUUUUGUAAACAUAUCACUUUUACAGUAACCCUGAAAUAGUUCCAGAAUUGAAAACUUCCAACUUAAUGGGCUAACUAGAACACAGGAACACAUGUAUUGGAUUAGAAAAAAAUUUUAUACAGCAAAGAUAUGAAAUGCAUUUGCUUGUUUUGAAAUGCACUAAAUUUAAAUCAUGCUAAUUUUAUCAGUCUUCAACAGCAUGGACUCUAAACCCUUCCCUUGGUACCCAACUGGAAGAUAGUUUUGCCAGAGAUGAAGAUGGCUUAACACACAACAGAGCCUGUUUUAAGAUGCUGCUCCAAGGUUAGCUUUUGUUACAAAGGCCUAUUUUUGUUUUCUUAGUCCUAAAUACUUACUUUUUUAAGGUUCCAUAUAGAGAAUAUAGGGAAAUUAACCAAAACUCAUUUUCACAAAAUUGUAAAUGGCAAUUCAUCUUAGUGGUCUUACCAUUACCCUUACAAAAAUUAAAAAUCCCACAAAUACUAACCAUUCACUGACCUAAGCACAUAUUUACGUUUUUGAGAGGUAGAGGGUAUAGUUAGAGAUAGAAGUUUGUAUUUGCUGGUACACUCCCCAAAUACCUGCACUAGCUGGGUUGGGCCAUGCUAAAGCACACAAUGAGUAUUAAUCCAUGUCUCUCAUGUGGGUGGCAGAGACCCAACCACUUUGAGUCAAUACUAUGGCCUCCCAGGAUCCAUAUUAUAUGCAGCUAGAAUCAAAACAGGGGAACUAACACUUGAAUCCAGGCAGUAGUGUGGUCUGUGGAUAUCUCAACUGCUAGGUCUAAGGCCUGCUCCUACACUUAUCUAACCAAUUUUGAAGGCAGUGAUCACUUCGUUAUGCAUGGGGAAAAACAAACAAAAAGAACCCCACAGGGUUCCCUACCUUUAAGUAAAACCCAAACUCAUGACUGGACUUUUAAAGCUUUUAAUUUCAUGAUACAUCCUCUACCUCUCAUUCACUCCUUAAUGAUUUAAGUAAAUAAAUAAGGACAAACGUUUUUCUAACAAAACCGCUUUUAUUUUAAUAAUUUUUACUGCUAAAUACAGAACAAAACAGUGUGGAGGCAGUGUUCACUUGAUUUCAUCUAGUUAUCUCUUAAAAGGCUUGUGGCUUAGUGCAACACUACCUUUGUAUAGAAAAUGUCUGCAGAAAUACUACGGAUUCCUGUCACCACACUAUCUUAAGUCAGUGGCACUGUUUUAAAACCAAAAAUGUUUCUUACCCUCGAGAAAAGUUAGCAUAUUUGUAUUCAAAGAUUAAAAGUGAGGAAACAGAUUCUGAAUAUUAGAAUUACCAUGUGAGACUGUCAAUGCUGUUUUUUUCUCCUCAAAAAUGGCUAACCUUCAUCUAUUAAAGGUUCAACUUUCAUUUAGUAAAAAAAAAAAGUCUCUAAGUUCAAGUGUCAUCUGUGUUUCACUUUUGUUUUUAAAAAUGUAAUGAUUAUUAGGGUCAUCCCUAGAACUUCUUAGAUACUCACUAUAGACAAAAUUCCUUAUGAUAAAAUCUUUUAAAAGUUACUACAAACUGUAAAAACAAUGCUGCUUUUCUAUAUGGCAUUUCAAUUUUAAAAGUUUUUUUUAAAAAAACAAUUUUUACACAAAACUUGGAUAAAAGCUACGAAGCUACAAUUCCAAGUCUCAUUUUUCCUUAUUCCCAGUCACCCAAACACUACUCAUUAAUAAAUGAAUAAAUAUGCUAUUUAGUACUAUACAGUAGAUACAUAUCAUUGACAGCUUCUAUACUAUUCCAGAAAAGGCAAAUAUUUAUAUUUCACUGAAAAUAUAAAUUUACUACAUAAGGGUGGGAUUACUAUAUAACCUAAACUUCACUGCAUUAUCCAACCCAAGUCUCACACCCCAAAUGAGAAAUUAAGAUUACACUAAGCUAAGGACAUUUCAGAUAAAAAUUAUUUUUUACAAUUCUAAUGGCAACUAUCAACUAUGUGAUGGAUUUCAUCUUCUUACUGUAUUUAAACAGACAGACAGAACUUAAUUUGUAAAAUGAAUGAGGUAACUGUCAUACAUUCAAUUGCAUAAAUAAAUACAAAUAGUUUUACAGAAACAUGAACAUAAGUUUAAGGGUUUUAUUAUCAAAGUCUUGUAAAACAAUUUCAGAAACUGUACAUCAACAUGGCACAGACUGUAGCCUACUUUUGUAUUUGCUGCACAAAAGUGAAGCUUGAAACUCCUGUAACUAGGAACAGUUGCCUAACUACUUUGCAUAUAACAUGGAAUCACUGUGUGCAUAUGAUUACUACUGCAGUAAUAGUUAACACAAAUUUAUUGGUUUUAUACAUCUUGAGAUCAAAUAAAAAGUACAUUAUCAAGUAGAUUUGUCUUAUUUUAAAAGCAUAUGAAGGUCAAUUUAAAAUGCACUACCCUCUUUUUCAUCAAUGAGUUUAAAACUUUGAAAAUCAGAACAAGAGAGAACUUUAUUUUACAGAUGAACUCCGAAUAGUUGGAGAGCUUUCACUGAUGUAGACGUGGAAUAAAUUAUUUCAGAAAAAAAAAAAAAA